GUUUGUAUCUAUCAAAGAGGUAGACAAUCAUUAUUUGGAAUUCAAAUUUUUUUAUCUGAGGUGAUUUAGAAUGUUUAAGUACGCAAUUUGUCUGUUUGCUGUUGUUUACUUGGUAAAUAGUAAGGUUUCUGUUACGAGGUUUACACAGGAAGGAGUUGUAGAAAAAAUAAAUGACUGUGCAAAAAAAUUAGGCACUACAAAUCUAUCUCUGGAGAAUCUUGUGAAAGCUAUAGAACAAAACCAGGAAGUAGAAGUUAUGAAAAAGCUUAAUCUAUGCUCAUUAAAAGCUGUUGGUACUUUAAACGACGACAACCAAGUUGACUAUGUGCAAGGCUCCAAAAACAUGAGAUUAUUCUUUCCCGAAAACGCUGAAGAAAUUAUUACGAAGUGUUUUAAGAAACUUGAAGAUCCUAUAGAGGAUGCUUAUAAAAUGAGUGUCUGCAUGCUUAGUCUUGCAAAAGAACAUUAAAUAAUUUGUGUAAUUGUAUGUCUUUGUGGUUGGCAAAUAAUAAAAAAUGCUUAUAAGGUUUUUUUUAGUUUUGUGUAAACAUUUAAUAAACUAAUUAAAUAUUUU